AUGAUUGCCAAUUCAACUCAAAUUUCAAAUAGAAUGUUUAGAUCUCAAAGAUUUAUCAUUAUGAUAAUAUUAGCUUUUUUUUCAUUAAUGUUAAUUAUUACAGCUUUAUCUGGUCAUCAUGAAAAAGUUGUUAAUUCGGUUAAACAAUUUUCAACAAAAGCAAGUGAUUCAUUAAGUCAAUAUACUAAUCCAUUUGGUGGUAAGGAAGAUUUAGAAAUGGAAAAAGCAGCAGAACAAGAAGAAGAAGCUGAAGAAGAAGCAAAAUUAAAACAAGAAAGUCAAGAGACAAAUAAACAAUUGGAAAAUAGUAAUGAACAACCGGGAUCUGAGGUUGAUCAAUAA